AUGUUAGUCCCCAAAAACCGGUCACCGGAAAUAACGAUCACCAUAACGCCGAUAAAGCAGAAGAAAAUAAAGAUAACUCACAAAAAUCCUGGUCCUGGUAAUAAAGAUUACCAAAACGCCGGUGAAGUGGAAGAAAAAAAAGAAAAUGUUAGUCCCCAAAAACCGGUCACCGGAAAUAACGAUCACCAUAACGCCGAUAAAGCAGAAGAAAAUAAAGAUAACGUAGGUCACAAAAAUCCUGGUACCGAAAAUAAAGAUGACCAAAACGCCGGUGAAGUGGAAGAAAAAAAAGAUAACGUUAGUCCCCAAAAACCGCGUACCGGAAAUAACGAUCACCAGAACGCCGGUGAAGUGGAAGAAAAAAAAGAAAAUGUUAGUCCCCAAAAACUGGUCACCGGAAAUAACGAUCACCAUAACGCCGUUAAAGCAGAAGAAAAUAAAGAUAACGUAGGUCACAAAAAUCCUGGUACCGAAAAUAAAGAUGACCAAAACGCCGGUGAAGUGGAAGAAAAAAGAGAUAACGUUAGUUCCCAAAAACCGGGUAACGGUAAUAAAGAUGACCAAAACGCCGGUGAAGUGGAAGAAAAAAAAGAAAACAUUAGUCCCCAAAAACCGGGUACACGAAAUAACGAUCACCAGAAGGCCGGUGGAGUGGAAGAAAAAAAAGAAACUGUUAGUCCCCAAAAACCGGUCACCGGAAAUAACGAUCACCAUAACGCCGAUAAAGGAGAAGAAAAUAAAGAUAACGUAGGUCACAAAAAUCCUGGUACCGAAAAUAAAGAUGACCAAAACGCCAGUGAAGUGGAAGAAAAAAAAGAUAACGUUAGUUCCCAAAAACCGGGUACCGGUAAUAAAGAUGACCAAAACGCCGGUGAAGUGGAGGAAAGAAAAGAAAACAUUAGUCCCCAAAAACCGGGUACACGAAAUAACGAUCACCAGAAGGCCGGUGGAGUGGAAGAAAAAAAAGAAACUGUUAGUCCCCAAAAACCGGUCACCGGAAAUAACGAUCACCAUAACGCCGAUAAAGGAGAAGAAAAUAAAGAUAACGUAGGUCACAAAAAUCCUGGUACCGAAAAUAAAGAUGACCAAAACGCCGGUGAAGUGGAAGAAAAAAAAGAUAACGUUAGUUCCCAAAAACCUGGUACAGGUAAUAACGAUCACCAGAAGGCCGGUGGAGUGAAAGAAAAAAAAGAAAACGUUAGUCCCCAAAAACCGGUUUCCGGAAAUAACGAUCACCAUAACGCCGAUAAAGCAGAAGAAAAUAAAGAUAACGUAGGUCACAAAAAUCCUGGUACCGAAAAUAAAGAUGACCAAAACGCCGGUGAAGUGGAAGAAAAUAAAAAUAACGUUAGUCACAAAAAUCCUGGUCCUGGUAAUAAAGAUUACCAAAACGUCGGUGAAGUGGAAGAAAAUAAAAAUAACGUUGGUCACAAAAAUCCUAGUACCGAAAAUAAAGAUGACCAAAACGUCGGUGAAGUGGAAGAAAAUAAAAAUAACGUUGGUCACAAAAAUCCUGGUACCGGUAAUAAAGAUGACCAAAACGCCGGUGAAGUGGAAGAAAAAAACGAUAACGUUAGUCCCCAAAAACCGGGUACCGGUAAUAAAGAUGACCAAAACGCGGGUGAAGUGGAAGAAAGAAAAGAUAACGUUAGUCCCCAAAAACCGCGUACCGGAAAUAACGAUCACCAGAACGCCGGUGAAGUGGAAGAAAAAAAAGAAAAUGUUAGUCCCCAAAAACCGGUCACCGGAAAUAACGAUCACCAUAACGCCGAUAAAGCAGAAGAAACUAAAGAUAACGUAGGUCACAAAAAUCCUGGUACCGAAAAUAAAGAUGACCAAAACGCCGGUGAAGUGGAAGAAAAAAAAGAUAACGUUAGUUCCCAAAAACCGGGUACCGGUAAUAAAGAUGACCAAAACGCCGGUGAAGUGGAAGAAAGAAAAGAAAACAUUAGUCCCCAAAAACCGGGUACCGGAAAUAACGAUCACCAGAAGGCCGGUGGAGUGAAAGAAAAAAAAGAAAAUGUUAGUCCUCAAAAACCGGUUUCCAGAAAUAACGAUCACCAUAACGCCGAUAAAGCAGAAGAAAAUAAAGAUAACGUCGGUCACAAAAAUCCUGGUACCGAAAAUAAAGAUGACCAAAACGCCGGUGAAGUGGAAGAAAAAAAAGAUAACGUUAGUCCCCAAAAACCGCGUACCGGAAAUAACGAUCACCAGAACGCCGGUGAAGUGGAAGAAAAAAAAGAAAAUGUUAGUCCCCAAAAACCGGUCACCGGAAAUAACGAUCACCAUAACGCCGAUAAAGCAGAAGAAAAUAAAGAUAACGUAGGUCACAAAAAUCCUGUUACCGAAAAUAAAGAUGACCAAAACGCCGGUGAAGUGGAAGAAAAUAAAAAUAACGUUAGUCACAAAAAUCCUGGUCCUGGUAAUAAAGAUGACCAAAACGCCGGUGAAGUGGAAGAAAAAAAAGAUAACGUUAGUCCCCAAAAACCGCGUACCGGAAAUAACGAUCACCAGAACGCCGGUGAAGUGGAAGAAAAAAAAGAUAACGUUAGUCCCCAAAAACCGCGUACCGGAAAUAACGAUCACCAUAACGCUGAUAAAGCAGAAGAAAAUAAAGAUAACGUAGGUCACAAAAAUCCUGUUACCGAAAAUAAAGAUGACCAAAACGCCGGUGAAGUGGAAGAAAAUAAAAAUAACGUUAGUCACAAAAAUCCUGGUCCUGGUAAUAAAGAUGACCAAAACGCCGGUGAAGUGGAAGAAAAAAAAGAUAACGUUAGUCCCCAAAAACCGCGUACCGGAAAUAACUAUCACCAGAACGCCGGUGAAGUGGAAGAAAAAAAAUAUAACGUUAGUCCCCAAAAACCGCGUACCGGAAAUAACGAUCACCAUAACGCCGAUAAAGCAGAAGAAAAUAAAGAUAACGUAGGUCACAAAAAUCCUGGUACCGAAAAUAAAGAUGACCAAAACGCCGGUGAAGUGGAAGAAAAUAAAAAUAACGUUAGUCACAAAAAUCCUGGUCCUGGUAAUAAAGAUGACCAAAACGCCGGUGAAGUGGAAGAAAAAAAAGAUAACGUUAGUCCCCAAAAACCGCGUACCAGAAAUAACGAUCACCAGAACGCCGGUGAAGUAGAAGAAAAAAAAGAAAAUGUUAGUCCCCAAAAACCGGUCACCGGAAAUAACGAUCACCAUAACGCCGAUAAAGCAGAAGAAAAUAAAGAUAACGUAGGUCACAAAAAUCCUGGUACCGAAAAUAAAGAUGACCAAAACGCCGGUGAAGUGGAAGCAAAUAAAAAUAACGUUAGUCACAAAAAUCCUGGUCCUGGUAAUAAAGAUGACCAAAACGCCAGUGAAGUGGAAGAAAAAAAAGAUAACGUUAGUCCCCAAAAACCGCGUACCGGAAAUAACGAUCACCAGAACGCCGGUGAAGUGAAAGAAAUAAAAGAAAAUGUUAGUCCCCAAAAACCGGUCACCGGAAAUAACGAUCACCAUAACGCCGAUAAAGCAGAAGAAAAUAAAGAUAACGUAGGUCACAAAAAUCCUGGUACCGGUAAUAACGAUCACCAGAACGCCGGUGAAGUGGAAGAAAAUAAAAAUAACGUUGGUCACAAAAAUCCUAGUACCGAAAAUAAAGAUGACCAAAACGUCGGUGAAGUGGAAGAAAAUAAAAAUAACGUUGGUCACAAAAAUCCUAGUACCGAAAAUAAAGAUGACCAAAACGUCGGUGAAGUGGAAGAAAAUAAAAAUAACGUUGGUCCCCAAAAACCGAGUACCGGAAAUAAAGAUCACCAGAACGCCGGUGAAGUGGAAGAAAAUAAAGAUAAUGUUGGUCCAAAAAAUCCUGAGCAACAAAAACCGCUCGAAACAACUGUUCUGAAAACUAACAGUCUCGCUCGCAAAAUAUCUCUGGCCGGACUUUACAAUUCCUCUGAUGACAGUUUUACCGGGUCUUCAGCUUGUAAUGUUCCAGGCUUGACUACUGUGUUUGCAUUACUCGCUGCUUUAUAUUUCAUGUUGUAA